ACGCAAGUGAUCCAACAUAUCUUUCCACAUUACUUCUUCCUCCAGACUCUGAAUCCUUGCAAUGGCGCUUGAUGUUAAUGGAGUUGGGUGUUCUUCAAGCUCUUAUGGAUCAACUAAGAGACGGAAAUAUGAUGUGUUUUUGAGUUUUCGAGGUGAAGAUACUCGCACAAUCUUUACUGAUCAUUUAUAUGAUGCUUUAAGACGCAAAGCAUUAAGAACUUUCAGGGAUGAAGAAGGACUUGAAAGGGGACAAUAUAUCAAUACAAGUUUACUACAAGCAAUUGAAGAAUCUCGUUCUGCAAUUGUUGUGCUCUCCCCAGGAUAUGCUUCUUCAACAUGGUGUUUGGAUGAACUCCAAAAGAUUCUUCUCAAAAACGAGUUGGGCCUUCAAGUAUUUCCAAUCUUUUAUCGUGUAGAUCCAUCUGAUGUUAGGAAACAAAAGGGAACUUUGCAUGAAACAGAAUUCAUUGAAAGCAUUGCAAAAGAAAUGAAGUCUAAGUUACAUGAUGAAUCGCCAUUUGAUCUUGGUGCAUUAGUUGGAAUUGAAUCAAAAUUAGAUGAGUUGGAGUCACUCAUAGCAAUUGAUUCGGAAGGGGUUCGAUCUAUAGGAAUAUGGGGAACAGGAGGCUUAGGUAAAACUACUCUUGCUAGAGCUUUUUAUGACUGGAAGUGCAAGGAUUUUGAGGAUAGAAAAAUUCUACUAGUCCUUGAUGAUGUGAGUGAUAUAGGCCAACUAGAAUAUUUGGCUCGAGAGCAAGGAUGGUUUGGCAAUGGGAGUAGAAUAAUAUUAACAACAAGAGACAUGCAUUUGUUAUCAUUAUAUGAUGUAUCUGCUCAGUAUGACAUCGAAUUCUUGAGUGGUGACCAAUCCCUUCAACUUUUCCGUCAAAAUGCUUUUAAGGGAAAAAAUCAACCAAAUGAAGGUUACUUGGUUCUUUCUAAAAAUGUGAUAGAAUAUGCUGGAGGCCUUCCUUUGGUUCUGAAAGUGUUAGGUUCACUUCUUUGUGGAAGAACUAUAGAGGAAUGGGAGGAUGCACUUGCCAAGUUUAAGAAGGUUCCUCCAAAGGACAUAUUGAAGAUACUUAAUGUGUGUUUUGACAGAUUAGAUGAUAAGGAAAAGACUAUAUUCUUGGAUAUUGCUUGUUUUUUCAAUGGGAUGGACAAAGAUCGUGUCACACAAAUUUUAGAAACUUUUGAUGAAGAUCUUUACCCAAAAAUUGGAAUAACAAUUCUUAUUGAGAAAUCACUAGUAAUCAAUCGUGAAGGGCGUUUAUGGGUGCAUCAUAUUCUUCAAGAUAUGGGUAAAUAUAUUGUCCUCCAAGAAUCAUUUGAUAAGCGUUCUAGGAUAAUGUCUUUGAAGGAUGCCAAUGAUGUACUAAAAUCAAAUAAGGGGACAGGAGCAAUUCGAGGUAUAGCUCUAUCAUUAGAAAAAUCAUCAGAUGCACUUUGGGAUCCUGAAGCCUUCUCAAAAAUGAGUAAUCUCAAGUUACUUAUCAUUUCAAGUUGCUCAUCACAUGUUUCUUGUUGCCAAUUGAAUCUUCCUCGUGGACUUAAAUCUCUUCCCAAUGAAUUGAGAGUCUUUGAAUGGGAGGGGUAUCCUUUAGAUUCUCUGCCCAGACAUACUCAACUUGAUAAACUUGUUCAUCUAAAAAUGCGACAUAGCAAGUUAAAACAACUUUGGAGAGGAACACAGUCUCUACAAAGGCUAAUGUCCAUUGAUUUAUCUCAUUCCAAAUACCUCAUCAAAACUCCAAAUUUUGAUGGAAUUCCUAAUCUUCAAAGAUUGAUUCUCAAAGGAUGUUCUAACCUUGUUGAAAUUCACCAGUCCCUUGGGCAACACAAGAAUCUUGUCAUUGUUAAUUUAAAAGGCUGCACAAAAGUUAAAACCCUUCCAAAAAAAUUUGAGAUGGAUAGCUUACAGGCUUUUGUUCUAUCCGGUUGUUCAAAAAUUAGAAAACUUCCUGAGUUUGGAAAGGAUAUGAAAUGUCUACCUAAGCUUGAUUUAAAGGACACCGCUAUAUCCAAACUACCUGAAUCACUAGGCAAUUUGAUUGGUCUUGUUGAAUUAAAUUUGUCAAGCUGCAAAAGUCUGGUUAGCCUUGCAAAUAAUGAUUGUAAAUUGAUAGCUAGGAAGAUUAUCACAAUUUCUUGUUGGCCAAAGCUAUCAAGGAUGCCAGAGGAUUUGAAUGAAAAUGGGACUUUGGAAGUGCUUAAUUAUGUGGGCCGUGGAAUUUCUAAAGAGGCACAAUCAAUUUGUAAGUGCAAUGGUCAAGCACAUUCUUCAACGUCAUGGAGUUACUUUUCCCUUCUCAGGAAGGCAUUUGGGCUUCAAAGGCCUUCAAGCUCAAUAAAUCUUGUCUUGUCCUCUUCUUUUUCGUCCUUGACAGACUUAUAUUUAGGGUCUUGCAACCUCUAUGACGGAUCACUUCCUGAUGGCAUUAGCAGCUUUACAUCAUUGGCAACAUUAAAUUUAAGUGGAAACAAUUUCAUUGACUUACCAUCUGGCCUCAUUUCCAAUCUUUCGAAGCUUCAA